CCAUGGGGCCAACAUUGCCGCUGUCAACAGUGAUGGGGACCUACCCCUGGACCUGGCCGAGUCGGACGCCAUGGAGGGGCUGCUGAAAGCGGAAAUCGCCCACCGAGGCGUGGAUGUGGAGGCAGCCAAGCGGGCUGAGGAGGAAUUACUGCUUCAUGACACAAGGUGCUGGCUGAAUGGGGGUGCUAUGCCAGAGGCCCGGCACCCCCGUACUGGGGCCUCUGCCCUGCAUGUUGCCGCUGCCAAGGGCUACAUUGAGGUGAUGAGGCUGCUCCUUCAGGCUGGCUAUGACCCAGAGCUACGCGAUGGGGAUGGCUGGACCCCCCUGCACGCAGCGGCCCACUGGGGCGUGGAGGAUGCCUGCCGCCUGCUGGCUGAACAUGGUGGGGGCAUGGACUCGCUGACCCAUGCGGGGCAGCGUCCUUGUGACCUGGCUGACGAGGAAGUGCUGAGCCUGUUGGAGGAACUGGCACAGAAGCAGGAGGAUCUUCGAAAUCAAAAGGAAGCCUCCCAGAACAGGGGCCAGGAGCCCCAGGUGCCCUCCAGCAGCAAAUACAGAAGGAGCUCUGUGUGCCGUCUGAGCAGCCGGGAGAAGAUCUCCCUCCAGGACCUAUCCAAGGAGCGCCGGCCUGGUGGGGCUGGAGGGCCACCCAUCCGGGAUGAGGAUGAGGGAGAAGAAGGCCCCAUGGAGCCAUCCCCUGAAGAAACCAGGACCCUCAAUGGAGUCUCCUCCCCACCUUUUCCUACCCCUAAGAGCCCCAUGCUGCCCAAUGAGGCCCCCUUCUCUAGGCGCUUUGGCCUCCAGAAAACAGGGAGCUCUGGUGCCCUGGGUCCCCCAGAAAAGCGAGGAGCCGAUGGAGCCCCUGGGUCUGGGCUGCAGCGCUCAGCUUCCUCCUCUCGGCUGGAAGGGACCUCCACUCAGGCCAAGGAGCCCCAUCUUGCCAGAAUUACUCCUACUCCCUCCCGGAAAGUGCUGGAGCUACCUGUCCUGAUUCCAGAGGCUGAAUCCCCAGUGAAGCCAAAUAUCCCCACACCAUCCACAGCACUCCCAGUGGACUCCCGGGACCGUCGGAGGUCCUACCAGAUGCCUGUGCGAGAUGAGGAAUCUGAGUCCCAACGGAAAGCUCGCUCCCGCCUCAUGCGCCAGUCUCGGAGGUCCACACAGGGUGUGACUCUGACAGACCUGAAGGAAGCAGAAAAGGCUGCAGGGAAGGCCAUAGAGCCUGAGAAGUCAUCUCUGCCAUGCCUGGACCCUUCCCGCCGGCCCCGAGUGCCUGGAGUUGAGAACUCUGACGGCCCUGCCCACAGAGCAGAGGCGCCUGACGGGCAGGGUCAGGGACCACAGGCAUCCAGGGAGCACCACAAGAUCGACAAGGAGCGGAGGGGGCCUGCUGAGGGGGAAGAGGCGGAGCCGACAGAUGGAAGCCCAGAAAGCAGCACUCCCGAGGGCGGCCCCUCAGCCCGCAGGCAGCGCACACAGCGGAACCUCAACCCAGAACCUGAGCCAGGAACCGAAGAGCCGGAGGGAGGCUUUAAGAAGCUGUACUCAGAGCUACGCAGGGAGAAUGAGCGGCUUCGUGAAGCCUUGACUGAAACCACGCUGCGGCUGGCGCAGCUCAAGGUGGAGCUGGAGCGGGCCACACAGAGGCAGGAACGCUUUGCUGAGAGGCCAGCCCUUCUGGAGCUGGAGAGAUUCGAGCGCCGGGCCCUGGAACGCAAGGCAGCAGAGCUGGAGGAGGAGCUGAAGGCCCUAUCUGAUCUCCGGGCUGACAACCAGCGGCUCAAGGAUGAAAAUGCAGCGCUGAUCCGAGUCAUCAGCAAACUUUCCAAGUGACUCUGGAGAACUUUCCUGCACCCGUAUUUAUACAGCUGCUUCUGCCACACGCACCCCUUCCCCCGUGUGAACACCACCAGUAACAGGGCUCUGGGGGAAGUCUCUGAGAAGCCAUAACCUCCCCUUGGGAUCUCUGGACUGGGAGGGGAGCACAGAGUCCCCAGGAGCCAAAGGGGGCCAUCUGAGGCCAGGAUGAAGGCAGAGGCCAAGCCAGGUAGGGGGACGUCGCCAAGAGGAGACUGGGGUCGGAGACGGGACCAGGAAGGAACCGAGGACCAAGAGGCGCAAGGAUCAGUAGCCAGGACCAGAGUGGCUGCCCCACAGGUCCCCCACCUCACGUGUGAUACCACCCCAGUCACCCCUCCCUCUCCUGAGCAGGGAUCCAAGAAUGUGCCAAGAGUCCUGCUGGCCUCAGCCAGGUGGGCCUGUAUAUAGGGUCCAUGUGCAAUAGGGAGGGAUGUCUUCUAUUUUUUGCUGCCCCCUCUCCACCCUCUGUCUGGGGCAGGGGGAGAAGGUAUUUUCGAGACAAAGCACAGGCACCACAAAUAAAAGUCGUGAAGUUGCCACUCA